AUAGCUCAGUGGAUUAUUGGUAAAUACCGCCCCGGCCGUGUCUUGUGCUGCAGUUUAGGCAAGGCAGAGCUUCAGUCAGCAGACAUCGGUGCAGAGGUGCUCUUGUUGUAAGAUGACUCUGUGACGCUCCACACUACCACUCUGUAGUAACUGAAGCUGUCGUCUGCUUAUUAGGUCUGUCCAGUGCCACACUGUUGUCGACAUUGUUUGAAGAAGGCGGGUAGAUUAGGAGGAUGCCGAAAAGUACUAGUAUUACGUGUUAAACCAGUCUACAUUAAUUCGGCGUUGAUCGCUAGAUCAGCCCCUUAGGACAUUACUCAAAUCGCUUCAACAAGAUGGCGACUGAUUUCGACGCUGAAGAAACUCCGGCAUCUGAGGGCUACCCCCAGCCCACGGAAGACCGUGAGUACCAACACACCGCCAAACGUCUCAACUCCGGCCCCCCGAACCCUGCACGGCCACGGGACCUCAUCGACACUUUAUUUACUGUGGUCAACCGGGAUUUACUCAUAUGCAAACUAUUCUAUUUCUUCUUCUUCGGAGCCUUUGGCUCCUUGUUUCCCCUCCUCGCCAUUUAUUUCAAGCAGCUUGGUAUGAACCCCUCACAGAGCGGUGUCCUCAUAGGAUUCCGUCCUUUCAUUGAGUUUCUCAGCGCGCCUUUCUGGGGUGGUAUUGCGGAUAGAUACAAACGCGCAAAGGAACUUUUACUUUUCUCCUUGUUUUGUUGGAUCAUCUUUACCUUGGCCAUAGCAUUCGUGACUCCACCUGCUGAACGGUGCAUCAACAACAACGGCACUCACGACAUCCUCAUCACACCACUAGGACGGGAGAGACGGGAGACAUCCUUCCACAUUGAGGAACAACUUGGCAUGGCCAGGAACCUGUACACCCGUCAUCACGACGAGAAGGAGAAUAUUCUGGUGAUGCGUCACAGACGGGGGACAGGUGAGAGUCCCCGCCGACUUGACCAUACAAAGUACGCCAAUGCCAAUGAAUCUGACGUGAAAGGUCUGUUGCACUCGCCCUUCAGCACCAUCGUCUAUCGAGAAGACGAGGUCCAGGAGGUGUUCUUUAUUCUACUGCUACUUGUUGUUAUUGGAGAGUUCUUCAGCGCACCUGCAAUAACAUUCGCAGAUUCUGUUACUCUAGCUGUUUUGGGUGAUGACACGGAAAACUACGGAAGACAAAGAAUGUUUGGAUCGCUUGGAUGGGGUUUAUCUAUGUUCUUCGUGGGUCUUGCCCUGGACCACUCCACUACGUUCCCUCAACAUCCCUGUGGGACACAACAUCAUGCUGAGAAGAACUACGUGGUUUGUUUUGCAGUGUUCACUGUGCUCAUGAGUUGUGCCUUCAUCACGGCCUUGCAGCUCAGAUUUGAUCACCAAGGUCAAGGUCGUGAAAUAGUCCUCUCUCAGAUUACUAUGAAGGUGAAGGACAAAGUUAAACAAACAAUAACAGGCAUUAAGAAAAUUGACAGACAGAGACUUAUAGAAGAGGAUGACGAUGAUGCAUAUACCCAUGCUGAACUUGAGAAGCAAAGAGUUCAGGAGCAGGAACAGCGACAGCAGCAAGAAUGGCAGCAGCAGCAGCAGCAACAACAGCAGCAGCAGCAGCAACAACAGCAGCAACAACAGCAGCAACAACAAUAUCAGGGCGACCAGAAACCUGGAUCAGAUAGGCCUCUUCAUAUAAGUCUUGGGAAGGACCAUGACAUGGUAACUGAUGCCCUGAAGGCCCCAGGAGCGGUUGCACCCGGGGACUAUGACUACUCCGGAGACCCCUUCAUGAGUAAAUGGAUGACGGUCAUCAAGAUGCUAGGGACAUACAAGUACAUCUCUGUUCUCUUCAUCGCCUGGUUUAUGGGCUUUGGGAUCGGCAUCAUCUUCACUUUCCUGUUCUGGCACUUGCAGGAUCUGGGGGGCAGCCCCACACUGUUUGGUCUGGCGUCUGUCAUCAACCACAUAUCAGAGCUACUGGCCUACUUCAUGAGCACCAAGUUCAUCGCUUCAUUCGGUCACGUGAGAGUGCUGUAUGCCGGUCUCCUUGGCAACAUCUUGAGGUUUAUGUACAUAUCAUGGCUGAAAAACCCUUGGUGGGUGCUUCCGUUCGAGUUCGUCCAAGGUCUGACGCACGCGGCGGUGUGGGCGGCAUGCUGUUCCUACAUCACCCAGGCCAUCCCCAAGUCCCUCAGGGCAUCGGCUCAGGGCAUCCUACAGGGCCUGCACCACGGACUUGGGCGCGGAUGCGGCGCAGUAUUCGGCGGCAUUCUCGUGUAUCACUACGGCAGCGAAAUAACGUUCCGGGCAUACGGCGUGUGCUGCAUCGUCAUUCUGGUGGUCUACCUCGGCGUCAACUACUUCCUCGAGGACCGGGGCUUCUUCUCCCACGGGGGCAGCAACAAGAUGACACACCAGAUCCUGGAGGAGAACACCCAUCUUGCACCACAUGGAGUGCCUUCCGGUAUAGCACGUGACCUGUCCAGCAGUAAGCUCGAUCAAGAAUCCCUGAAUACAGAAUACGGCGCGACUACGUACGAAGGCGUGAACACGUUGCCCGUGAAGAGCCCAGGUACUGUGCCCCGAGGUUUCGCGAAUGGGAACUACCGUGGCUUUGACGACGGAGCUUUUACUCAGGGCUAUCAACAAGGGGGACAGGACAGCCUGCUGAUGCAAGAGCCGCCCAACAUCCCCACCCAGAUCUAUCAACAACAACCCUACAACACAUACGACCAGGGUUACGGGCCCUGAACAGGGGGCAUAACUCUAGCCAGCCCUUGAACUGCAUAUUCCUACCAGCUCAGUCGUGUACUGUAGUUAGUUCAACAAGAUAUCGAAUUGCAUCACGCAGAAAAGCAGCAUUAAUAUAGAUACUGUGUGUAGUUAGAUACCCACUCGUCGGAAUCGAAUUAACGAUUUCACAUAGACGUCUAGCAGAUCUUUCCGCUGUUAUCGUAGUAUUUUAAGUGACACGUGGGAAGACUAAACCAGGGACCUUAUAACGAAAGACAGUUGUGACGUCAUCAUCAGCUGACGUCAUCUUACGACAUUCUCGAGUGUGGCUACACAAAACGGUGAACACAGAUCGGUUGACAUGGUAACCACGGAUCGGUCGAUGUGGUUCUGGGGUUCGAUUGAUGAAGUUACCACUGAUUAGUUGAUAAGCUAAUCAUCGGAGGAUGACAAGCAACAACGGAUGGGUUGACAAGGUAACCAGAGUCCGGUUGACAAAGAAGCCACGGACCGGUUGACAAGGGUACCACAGAUAAAGCAACAGUAUAACGCUGUAUCAGAUAACAAUGGAUUGAGUUGUGAUGGAUCCGUUCACAAGGUAACCUUGUAUACGGUUGACACGGUAACUCUCAAUCUCCAAAAGCCCGUAAGAAGGACCAUAUUACACAAUGUCAAAAUUAGUGUAUAAAUCAAUAUAUCAACUGUAUUGAUCUUGAAGUGGUAUUUCGAAGGUGUAUCAUCUGUAUUGAUCUUGAAGUGGUAUUAUGAAGAUGUAUCAAAUGUAUUGAUCUUGAAGCGGUAUUUUGAAGGUGUAUCAUCUGUAUUGAUCUUGAAGUUGGAUUAUGAAGAUGUAUCAAAUGUAUUGAUCUUGGAGCGGUAUUUUGAAGGUGUAUCAUCUGUAUUGAUCUUGAAGUGGUAUUAUGAAGAUGUAUCAAAUGUAUUGAUCUUGGAGCGGUAUUUUGAAGGUGUAUCAACUCGUUCAUACUAUCUCUGGUGUGAAGCCGUCAUGACGUGUAGCAAGAGAUUCUCAAGAUACCACAGACCAACACAGUAUGUGAUGCAAAGCCACGUCACUUAUCAAAUGUAGUUACAUAUCAUGCCUAUCGCAACCAUGUUUCUAGUUUAUUUAGUGCAAAGGGAACAUGUAAGGAAAUUAUAUCUAUAAUUAUAAGUCUUCAGCGGGGGCUGUGCACGUGGGAUGUCAUGUCCAGAGGACGGCAGUGUCUGCACAUGCAUGGCCAUAUUCUGUUGCUGUUGGUGUCUGGAGUGACCGUUGCCUGCAGUGGAUAGCGACCUCAGCCAAAGCCAACGAACUGUAGAUACGGCGAAGUCUAUGCACAUCCAUUUAGCUCGCAUCAUGAAUGUAGAUAGAGUACAUUUUGAAAUGAAAUGUGUGUUGUUUAGGUACAAUAGAACAGUAUGCAAUUUGGAUUUCUAAGUCCCUUGUCAAUCAUGUAAUCAGUACAGUUGAACAUUCUUCUCACUAUGUAUAUCCUAAUGUGAAUCAAAACACAUACACAUAUGAUUAACGCUGACGAAUACUAUAUCAAUUGUAGAAAGCCUGUCGUUAAUUUAUCAACAUGGUUUGAAAUUUGAGUUUUCGAAAAAUAUAUUUUUCGUCAUUCUUUCCUUAGUACCCAUGAAUAUGACGAGGAAGUAUGUAAAUACCUUUGACCUAGACCGACCACAGCGCGGUGCGUUUCUGGACAAAUUGGUUUCCAGAAUUAAAACGGGACGUGUUUCAUGCAUUUGUUCUGUUAAACAUUCACAUAUUUAAUGACCCCAACAUUGGAAGAGUACGAGCGUGCGUCCCUGUCUCUCUUACCAGUGUCUGGUGGAAAGACGCCGAACGAUGUGUUGGACACUGUCACUGUGACACACAGAGAACACUCGCUACGUACAGGGCAUACAGUGUGGCACGUACAGGGCGUACAGUGUAGCACGGCGUCAGGAUGUGUAGAGUACACAAGUGGAUCACAUUUAUGUCCUACUUGAUAAUGUUGACGAAACAUCUGAGACUGCCACCAAUUAAUAAUCCAGUUUUCAAUUGAUAUCACAGUGAUUUCCACGAUGAACCCAAAUUCAGUAUGCCAGGCUAAGGCUCGGUUAUUGGACUCGCUGUACAAAUAGAAUCCAAUUUGUUCCUAUACAUGUUGGAAAAGAAUUUUUCAAGGUUUGGCCCAGAAAAAAAGGCGUUCUCUGGACGUCUUGAAAAGUAAUAUUUUGUAGGACCAAAUUGACAUUGUUUGACUCCUCCUUCCAAAGAUGUUCACAACAAAACCAAACCAAAACCAAACCAA